AUGAAGCUCGCCACCGGGAAUCCUGCCACCGUCAAGUCCUGUCGCAUCGCAGCCGGAAUGCCAUCCGCCUCCACCUCCGAAGAAGGUCCCAACCUUCUCGCCCUGGAUCGUAGGGCGCCGGACAGUCGACCACAGGCCUCGCCGCCGACCAACGCACCGGCCACCGAAAAGACUUCAGCAUCAGGACGGAGAUCGCCAAAGAAGACACGGCAAGCGCCGCAACCGCAGACCAGGACACCCACGCAGCACAGACACCUUCCGCCGACCCAAGGCGGCGCCUUCAAGAAGAAACACGACGCCAGAGUGCCGUCGCCGCCCAAUCCAGAGAUUUGGGUUUUAACCCGGGUGCCAAAGGAAGGAGGGAGGGGGAUAUACCUCAGCAUCGCCUCCAAGGAGGAAGACGGCGUCCAGGACGUCGCCGACGCUGUGACCGCCACCGCCGGCCAAGGAUUUCUCCCGGCCAGAGCCCCCUGCCCUGCCACCCCAACCACACCGACGAGAACGCCGGAAGUCAUGGCCUUGGGGUGGGUACCACAUGAAAUCCGGCCUCCGUCUUCAGAUCUGCCACGAGGUCGACGGGGCAACCACCGCGGCCCAAGCACCCUCCACCGCCUCCACGCCGCCCACGCGACCGAGGAGACGGUCCUCAGCAUCAGCAAGCGCUCCCCGCCGCCAGGGACCGCGCCGCCCUCACCUCGCAGAGGCCGCCGCCUCCGGUGCCCAAGCCCCCACCGGGAGGAGCGCUAG